AUGCUACAUUUGAAACAUAACGAUGGCACAUUCUAUACUGUUACGAUAAGAAACCUUGAAUCUUUAGCUUCAAUUUUGGGCCAUGAUAAAGUUUUCUUUUUAUCAAUGGAUGACAAAGCACGCGUGCCUUUAGGUAUUAUAGCAGUAAAUGCUCAAGCACCAAUAUUAAUGUACUUUAAUUAUCGUGUGAAAUUACCGGAUCAUGAAUUCAUGCUAGCGGAAAAACACAAACUUAUUCCUUCUGUUUAUGCAGGUAUUGUAAUAAAGAAAGAUGGUGAAGGGAAACCUGGGCCUACAUACGUAGCAAUUCGUAGUGGAAAGCAUUCUUCCUCUAAUGCAGAGACUCGUGCCACAGACAUACAUAUACUUUCUGAAACACCGGCUUUCAAAAACUUUAUGAGAACUGGAGAAAGUUGUGUAAAACCCUUAUUUAUUUUUCUUGCAAUGGUGGGCCCAAAGAAAAUCCACGAUACGAGCGAGUUAUAUUUUCAGCUAGACUUAAUUUUUUUGACAUCCUUCAUAAUCAGCCGCUUAUAUAGUUUAUAUAUUGUGUAUUUAAGUUAA